AUGGAGACAACUUCUGUGAAAUCCAAGGCCAAAGAAUUAUACCCUAGCGAUUAUCCGGAAUUAACGGCCACUACUGCGAGAAAUAGACCUCCCCGUAGUCCCUUCCCUCCAUACCCCGGGCGUCUCAAGCUCUCGGACCUUUCUGAGAUUUCAGAGCUCUCCCGGUUCUCCUGGCGCUCCAAGCCCUCUACUACUAAGAUCUCUGGCGCCGGCACGACCGAGGUACCUUUUGGAAUCCCCGAAUCCCCGAAUUUGCCGCCCACUCCUUCUCGCUGUACAUCCGCGGAUGACGGCUUAGAUCUCGGUUUGUCCUGGGCCGAAAUGCCAGAACUUCUCGGCAUCAAUAUCGCCGAGGGGGAGGGAAAGGAGGGUGGUGAGUAUGAAAAGGAGGAGUACUGGGAGACCGCCACCUCACCCCAUGAGCUCUCCUCCUCUCCCACACUCGCACCAACACCCACGCACGGAGGGAAACUUCGCCAGCUCCCUAGAUCCUCCGAAGCGCCCGCUCCACUCACUUCCAGUCUCGCACCCCCAACCCCCGCUGCUAGGAGAAUCAUUCAGGGAAAAGGCAGCCCCUUGGAAUCCAAUACCAAAGAUACCUACAUCUACUACCAUGAGAUCGGCGCGAUAAUUUCCAGAGAUCCUGUCAACGAGGAUGAUAGCCAAGAGGAAAUCAUCCUCCUCGUGGAGGUGAGAGCGGGUUUCGUAGCGAAGACCAAUACAGCGAAUACCAUAGUGAUAUGUAAAUCCCACACUGAGGCUAAUCGGCUGGGGCGUUCGUUUGACAAUGAUAAGUGGAUUGCUUUAGUCCACCCGAGGGUGGGGAAGAUUUGGCUGUUCAGGAUUCCGCAUGUGAGACUCUUGAUCGGCGGGAGAAGGCCCGCAGCCAAAUGUGGGAUAUGUGAGGGGGUUAUUCCUGAGGGGAAGGUUGCGCAUGGGUGUGUUUACACUCGUGAAACUGUGAUAGAUGGCGGUGAUACCGAACCCGUCCUGGGCAAAGUCAAGAAAGUGAGGUUUGCGCAAGUAGUGGGGGUGAGUGAGGCGUCUUAAGGGGUUUUUCAUAUCUUAUCCAGUUGAUUGGGUUGAUUGCGAUAUCUUGUUUAGGACGCUGGCGUGAAAAUACCCAUAAUUAUUUAUUCUCAUUCAUGUCAUUUCGUUCUCAAAAAAAAUUUUGAGCUCCGAGCUUAGCAUUAGUAAUGUCCUUUUGGAUGGUAGCCUUGAAUUAAUUUACAUGUUUAUUUGUUGGA